AUGGUAGCACCUCUCAAGCAGCCUAUUGUGUUCCAUCUGGAGGGCUUCUAUGUACCACUGGGCUACGGAGCCUUCAUGUUCUUCCUGGCCCUGCUUUGUUACAUCGUAAUAAUGUUGGCAAACGGAGUGGUGCUGUGCGUCAUUGUCAUGGACAAGAACCUGCACAGACCCAUGUACAUAAUGAUUUGUAACCUUGUAGUCUGUGAUAUGCUGGGGGCCACGGCGGUGGUGCCUCGCCUUAUGAUGCACUUCUUGACGGGCCAGAAGAAGAUCGGCUACAUCUGGGCCAUCGCCCAGGCCUUUUCCGUGCACAUGUACGGCUUUGCAGUGCAAACUAUUCUGGGUGUGAUGGCGUAUGACAGGUACAUUGCUGUGUGUGAACCACUGAGGUAUCACGACAUCAUGACAUCGGCUCGGCUACACUGCUGCCUCGGCCUGGCCUGGUUCACCGCUUUCUUGUUCAUCGGUGUGCUCUUCAUCUUACACAUGAACUCCCCGCUGUGUGGCAAUAUCAUCCAUCACGUGUACUGCAGCAACCGUGGUAUCCUGAACCUGGCCUGCAGUCCCACCCCCAUAAACAACAUCUAUGUUGUAAGUCAGAGGUUUCCCUCACUCUCACAAAAUAUAAAGAAGUUCGUCAGCAUCCUGUUCAUCAUUAUUCCACCAGUUUUGAACCCUAUAAUAUAUGGACUCGUCAGUAAAGAUAUCCACGAAUACCUGAGAGAACUGCAUGCGUCCUGGAGGGACACCACACCUCUGUCCCGCCAUACAUUGGACGGACGAGCCCUGGCGGCCAUGUGGGACGCAGCGAAAGUCGGUCUUGCCCAUAUUCCACCCAUCGAGCCAGCCAUUGCGUCCCUUAUUGGCUCCCCUGAGGAGUUAUUGAGGACCAAUGCUAGGUGCCCUCGACCCCAGUGUCGGGCCUGGCCGCCGCAGGGCCCACAGUUGUCCCAAAUCCUUCGAACAGAAUACGAACUCUUUCCUCUGGUAGAAGGUACAGAAUACCUAAAACUAGAUUGA